UGGCAGUGUGAGGCCUGCUGCUGCAGAUGGAGAGAGUCGGUGGAUCCUCAGCAGAUCGUGGACGUUCGACUUCUUCUGUCACCGAGCAGUAACAGCAGCAGCGGUGGCGGCAGCAGGGUGCAGAGAACCGGCGGGUAAGACAGAGUUGGCCCAACCGAACCGUGUCACUUAUGCUAGACAUUUUCCGGACUAGAGAGUACUCUCCUGGUGAACACCUGGAGCUCGUUCCCGAAUAAACCUCCAAACAUCUCGCCUUGCAGUGAUGCAGUGACAGCCUCAGAACUUAUGAAGUGACCACCGGCAGCUCCGCUCACACCCUCACCACAGGAGAAGGAGGAGGCUGCAGGAGAACCGGACUCCGGGGUAAAGUUUCAGACUGUCUGAUGUACCGACCAGUCGAAUGUGACAGCAAACUGCAGUGGCUGUGUAUUUCCCUGCUGCUGCCGUGGCUUCCUGCUUCAGUCGGUGGAGAAGUGUCAGUACAAGCCAUGUUCCGGAGCCAUAACGAUGCCUUCAUUUCCAUCCUGCCUCAGCAUGUCAGGAGGUGUUGCUCUGGUUGAAGAGGAUCUGGUUUCUCAGCUGGCCUGGCGUCCCCUAUAGCGUUUGAUAGGGGUUUCACAUUUCCUGUGAUCUUUGACAAAAGCUGGCAGGUGGAGGUGAGGACAGUGACCAUGGAUGAGCAGGGCCUGCAGAGGAAGAAGCCCCCGCGGCUCAAACUGGACAUUCCCACCAUCCAGCUCACGCCGGACGACUCGCCCACACAGUUACAGCCUGUGAAGCGUCUUCGCAGUGUCAGCAUGCCAGGAGAAAACCCUCAGACUUGCAUCGCUGCUUUGGAAGCUUCUAACAACUACCUCAGACCACCCCCUCUGGAGAGACAGCCCUCCUUCAAACAGACAAUCAAGAGGGGUACGGCCGACUGGUUUGGAGUGAGUAAAGACAGCGACAGCAGCCAGCGAUGGAGGAGGAAGAGCCUGCAGCACUGCAGCCAUCUGUACGGAGGCCUGAAGGCCCUGGCUGUGAGGGAAAUGGAGCUGCAGAGCCAGGACAACCUCUCCCUGGCAAGCACUGAGACCCCUCCCCCCCUCUACCUCCCUUCCCACCACCCCAGUCACCACCACCUUGGCAUGCAGAGGAUUGUAGACCCCCUGGCUCGGGGUCGUGCCUUCCGCAUGGUGGAAGAGGUUGACGGCUUCAGUGUACCGCAAACUCCCAUCACCCCCGGCACCGCCUCCCUCUGCUCCUUUUCCAGCUCCCGCUCUGCCCUCAACCGUCUGCCGCGGAGGCGAAAACGGGAGUCUGUCGCUGUCAUGAGUCUGAAGGCUGCGGCUGCACUGAUGAAGGGUCGGACCUUGGUGGAGACCACCGCAGGACGCCAACACAGAAGGAGUUUCAUUCUUCCGAGCUUCUUUGAGGAGGACACAGUGGACUUCUCUGAUGAUCUGGACACUUCUUUCUUUACCAGAGACGGCCUGCAGGAUGAGUUGUCCAGCUAUGCAGAUGAGGUUUUUGAAACCACAUCAGAGGCUGCCUUCAAAGAGGUGGAUGAGGUGGAGCUCACAGGAAGUGCUCUGGAUAAGAGUGAGCUGGAGAGGAGCCACCUGAUGUUGCCUUCAGAGCGAGGAUGGAGAAAGACCAAGGACGGCUCCCUGGUCCAACCUAAACUGCGACUGAAACAGGAAGUAGUUAGCAUCGGCAGCCAUCAGCAGCGGGGACAGCGGAUUGUGGUUCCUGUAAAAAGACUUUUUGCCCGAGAGAAGAGGCCGUACGGCCUGGGGAUAGUUGGACGUCUCACUAACAGGUCAUACCGUAAACGGAUCGACAGCUUUGUGAAAAGACAGAUUGAAGACAUGGACGAUCACAGGCCUUUCUUCACAUACUGGAUCACGUUUGUCCAUUUGCUCAUCACCAUUCUGGCUGUGGUCAUUUAUGGCAUCGCUCCCAUCGGCUUCUCCCAACACGAAACAGUUGAUUCUGUGUUGAGGAACAAAGGCGUCUAUGAGAACGUUAAGUUUGUGCAACAGCAAAACUUCUGGGUUGGUCCGAGUUCAGAGGCACUGAUCCACCUGGGGGCCAAGUUUUCCCCCUGUAUGCGUCAGGACGAAGAAAUACAGAAACUGAUCCAGGAAAAGAGGGCAAAAGAGAGGGAGUCCGGCUGCUGUGUGAGAAACGAUCGCUCCGGCUGCCUGCAGACGUCACAAGAAGAGUGUUCGAGUACACUGGCAGUGUGGGUGAAGUGGCCUGAACAUCCCAGUGCUCCACAUCUGAACAGUGAACUAAGACAACAUGGUGCAGUGUGUCACCAGGACCCCAGGAUUUGCCUGGAGCCUGCAUCUGUUACGCCUCAUGAGUGGCCUGAUGACAUCACCAAGUGGCCAGUUUGUACACGACACAACUCCGUAAAUCACACCAACCUCCCUCACAUCGACUGCACAAUUACAGGCCGGCCCUGCUGCAUUGGAACCAAGGGACGAUGUGAAAUCACUUCCAGAGAGUUCUGCGACUUCAUGCAGGGACACUUUCAUGAGGAGGCUACACUCUGCUCACAGGUGGCCUGUAUGGACGACGUUUGUGGUCUCCUACCUUUUCUGAACCCAGAGAAACCAGAUCAGUUCUCCAGACUGUGGCUCUCUCUCUUCCUUCACGCAGGGAUCCUGCACUGUCUGGUGUCAGUGUUAUUCCAGAUGACUGUGCUGAGGGAUAUAGAGAAGCUGGCCGGUUGGCUGAGGAUCUCCAUCAUCUACAUGCUCAGUGGCGUCACUGGCAACUUGGCUUCGGCCAUUUUUCUCCCAUACAGAGCAGAGGUGGGUCCUGCAGGCAGUCAGUUUGGUAUCCUGGCCUGUCUGUUUGUGGAACUGUUUCAGUGCUGGCAAAUCCUGGAGAGACCUUGGUGGGCGUUCGUCAAGCUGCUGGCCAUCUCCAUCUUCUUCUUUUCCUUUGGUCUGCUUCCGUGGAUUGACAAUUUUGCCCACAUCUGCGGUUUUGUGUCAGGAUUCUUCCUGUCCUUUGCCUUCCUGCCAUACAUCAGUUUUGGGCAUUCUGAUACGUUCCGUAAGCGGCUCCAGAUCUUGGUCUUCCCGCUGAUCUUCCUUGCUCUGGUUGUCGCUCUUGCCAUUCUCUUCUACGUUUACCCGAUAAAGUGUGACUGGUGCGAGUACCUCACCUGCAUUCCCAUCACUGACAAGUUCUGUGAGAAGUAUGAUCUGAACGCUCACCUCCUCUGACCUUGAGCAGGAUGGGGAGAAGUUGAAUAAAUGCUGCAAGAACAAUCAGCCAAACUGGACCAGUCUGAACACCAGACUGAAAAAAAACCUAUGCAUAAAAACCGUCAGGCAAAUAUCUGCAUGCGAACAACGUUCGACUGAAAAUGGUGAAAAGUCAUUGGUUGUGAGCGCUGGACCAAUUCUCCCCUUACGUGACGGAACAGCGCCUCCUAGUGGCCAAAAUGUAACAUCUCACACUGUUACUGCUGCAAAGUAGUCUAACUAACCAUUCAGGAAGAAUGCCUUAAUCAUACAAAACUGCUACAUAUUCUGGUGAACAGAAUUUCACCGUCAGACAAAAUCAUGUUUUUGUUAACACAAUGUUUUAUUGCACUUAUGUCACAAAUGUUUUUAUUUACCUACAAUUAGAAUGUUGAUUACUUUUCUGUCUGGGUGUUUUGUUUUGUUUGUUGUUUUGUAAUUGUAAAUGGUCGCGUUUUAGCAACCUAACAAUAAACACAAGAAGACAAUA